AUGCGAAUCCUAUCAGCAGCACAUGAUAUCAAAAACCCUGCUUUCAACAACAUCCCAUUCAAACGAGCCACAUCCGUCGUCCCCGAACAAUGCUCCAACUUCUGCCGCAACGCUCAAUUAGAAUGUCAACAAAACCCACUAACCCCCGCCCUCUGCGGUACGGGGAGCAACUUCCUUGAUCAGUAUUAUCAGUGCCAGUCAUGCAUCCAAGAUAACAGCAGGAAUCCGGAGCUGAUCAAGGCAAGUCUCGCGAUGAGGUUCAUGAAGUGUGUUGGGUAUUGCAAGUUACAAGCUGCCGGUGCGCCUUCGUCAGAAAGUCAAACGGGAAGUCCGGGCCCGGCUACAGGACAAAAUGAAGAUCCGUUCACGACAGCAACAGCGACAGCGAUACCAACAGAGAAGACUUCUAGCACUUCCUCCAGUUUUGCUGUACAAACGAUGGUAUCAACGAGUGCGAGUGCGAGUAUGGAUAAAGGGGAGAGAACGAUGGUUACUUCCACAUUACCUGCACCAACGAAGCCGACAUCACCACCACCACCAACAAAUAACCCCCCCGCAGUCUCACCCAUAACCUCAACUUCCACGCCCCAAUCUUUAUCCACCCUCCCCUCCUCAUCCUCAUCCUCAUUCUCGUCUACAUCACCCUCCACGUCCCUCACCACCCUCAACCCCACAACAAAAACCCAGGGGCAAGCGACAUCCACACCACCACAUGCACUCACCUCCCCCACAGACACAAGUUCGACGUCCACUCCACAACCAAACGCAAACCUAAACCCCGGGGCGACCAAAACCGCACCCUGGGUCUGGGCCAUCGUCGGAAUAACCAUCACCGUCGUCCUCCUCCUCUCCGGCGGCAGCUUCUUUGUCUUUUACAAGAGGGGGCGAUCGAAACGGGGCCGGGCAAGACAAAGACAAAGGGGAAUGAAAGGGAUGGUGGAGUUGAAGGAGACGGCUACGAAGGGGUUUGUUGAUGGUAGAGGUAGUAGGGCGAGUUCGAGGGGACAGGGGAUUGGAGGGGUGGCGGAAUUGGAUACGGUUCGAGAGGUGUAUGAGGUUGGGACAGAGGCAGAGUCGGCACGUGGAGGAGGACGAGAAGGGAGAGGAGGAGGAAGAGAAGGAGGAGGAGGAGGAGGGGCAAGACCUGCUGGUAACGCGGACGGCACGUUACAUGUUCUACCGGUUGAAUUGUCCAGUGUUUCGGGGGUUGUGGAGUUACCUACUUCUUUUAAUGAGAGGGAGGAGAGAAGGUCGGGUCAGGGAGGAACAGGGUGA